UAGUAACUCAUUUCCGGGGCGUUCGUGACGAAGUUACCGGCCGAAGAAAGAAUGUGACUGGUCUAAAUCUGAAAGCUAGAAAUUUACAGGAAAAUAUUCAAUAGUUUACUUAGUUCAUGGGAUUUAGCGAAAUACUGGGUACUUAUAGUUAGCUUAAUCAACGAGACAAUCUGGAGGCGACUGAGAUAUCCAACAACACCACACAAUAUGGACUUAAUGUAAACAUCGUCAACGUUGCAGGAAGAUGUGAAAUGACCCUGCUGCAGCCGGAGGACUGGCAGGACAAAAUACCAGCAAGUGAGACCAACGAAAUCAUGUUGGUCCGAAACAUGAGAGAUGGGACCACUCAAGCCACCAGACGUGCCAAAGUGUCCCAUGCAGUUGUGGUCAUCUUCCUGGAAUUCUUUGCUUGGGGGCUGCUUACAACACCAAUGCUGACCGUUCUUCAUGAAACCUUUCCUCAGCACACAUUUCUCAUGAACGGUCUGGUUCAAGGGGUGAAGGGUUUGCUGUCAUUCCUUAGUGCCCCUCUGAUAGGGGCCUUAUCAGAUGUUUGGGGCAGGAAGUCCUUCCUACUGGUUACAGUGUUCUUCACCUGUGCCCCAAUCCCCCUGAUGAAGAUAAGUCCAUGGUGGUAUUUUGCCAUGAUAUCGGUCUCUGGUAUCUUUGCUGUGACUUUCUCUGUAAUCUUUGCGUAUGUAGCAGACAUCACAAAAGAACAUGAAAGAAGUACAGCGUACGGACUGGUGUCUGCAACCUUUGCCGCCAGUUUGGUCACCAGCCCAGCUAUCGGAGCCUACCUUUCAGCAAAGUAUGGUGACAGUUUGGUGGUGUUGGUGGCCACUAUCAUUUCCGUGGUGGACAUUGCCUUUGUCCUCUUGGUGGUUCCAGAAUCUCUCCCUGACAAGAUGAGACUGACGUCCUGGGGGUUACCUAUCUCUUGGGCGCAAGCCGACCCCUUUGCCUCUCUUAAACGAGUGGGGAAAGACCCAACAGUUAUGCUGAUCUGCAUCACAGUGUUCCUGUCCUACCUGCCGGAGGCAGGCCAGUACUCCAGCUUCUUCCUCUACUUGCGGCAGGUUAUUGAGUUUUCCCAUGCAGCAAUUGCUGCUUUCAUCGCAAUGGUCGGGAUCCUGUCAAUUAUCGCUCAGACAUUGCUUUUAACCUACUUGAUGAAAACCAUUGGAAAUAAAAACACAGUGUUACUUGGACUGGGUUUUCAGCUGUUGCAGCUAGCCUGGUACGGCUUUGGAUCAGAACCAUGGAUGAUGUGGGCAGCAGGUACGAUCGCAGCCAUGUCCAGUAUCACCUUCCCUGCCGUCAGUGCUUUAGUUUCCCAGAUAGCAGCACCCGAUCAGCAAGGAUGUGUCCAGGGAAUGAUCACAGGAAUAAGAGGCCUGUGCAAUGGGCUCGGUCCAGCUCUGUAUGGCUUCAUAUUCUUCCUGUUCAACGUGGAGCUGAACGAGCUUGACCCUGAGACCAAAGGAGACAAAAGCACAACACCUCAGGUGCCAAAAGAGAAGCCCACGAUCCCCGGGCCACCCUUCCUGUUCGGGGCUUGCUUAGUGUUGCUGGCUCUCCUUGUGGCCGUCUUCAUCCCUGAGCACCACAGUCUGGCCACCAAGAUGUCCACGGGUGCACGCAAGGCAAGCAACAGCAACAACCUCCAGAGCAUCAACCCCCCGCCCGCCAGUGAUGAGGACAUUGAGCCACUCCUGCAGGACAGCAGCAUGUAACUGUCAGUGAGGAACUCCCAGCAUGAGUCCCCUACUGGCCCGUUCAGCACACUCCUAAGACCCGGGGGCCCAUUGGAGCUGAGAGACUAAACUCAAACGGCAGCUGAUGCAGAGCCGUUCAGGGUAUGUCCCUCAACCACCUCUAUUAUUAUCCCACAUUGUUUCUAUGAUUAGGGGAUGGUAUUUUGUCCAGCAGUGAUUUUUGUAAUUUUAUUUUUUACAUCGCAAGGACAGAUGGACUUCUAUAUGCCUCGGGUUAAGCAAGAAAUGUGGGAUUUGGUGUUCAGCAGUGGCCCAGAUAGUGUUUGUGAAGUGAAAAAGAGGACCAUCAGCUGUUUUUUUUAAAUAUUUUGCUUAAAGAAAAAAAAAUCUGAUUAAUUGGUUUGAACGGCCAGUUGACGAAAACUUGACCUGUUUAUCAUCGAAGUUACUGUGCAAUCUAUAUUGUAUAAUGAUAGGUUUAUAGCUAGGUAAAUGUUUGAAAUAUAUGCAGAUAUGCCGCUUUUUUCCUUAAAGGUGAGGCAAUUGUUAGAUUAUUGCUUUGGCAUAUAUAAUCUUUCUGUUUUGCCUUCUUAUCAUGAAUUGUUGAAUCGGAGUGACACUUGGGGUGUAUUCAUUUUGCCAAUUGGUUUGGUUGCAAGACAAUUCCUCAACAGAAGUAAACUGAACAAAACAGGGGGGAACCCAUUUGAUGAAAAGCUCCCACUUGUUCUGUUCCAUUUGCUCCUGUAGACAAUUUUAUUUCAAUUAAACAUUUUGUUUGGCGAAAAUAAUUAAACCCUUGGACUUGAAUGUUACAGAAUGCUGAAAUACUUGCUAAAAUACUUUACCAUGACAUUCCAAAUACACCUAUUCACUCUGCAAAUCCCAACCCAAGUAUAUUGCCAGCUACCUCAUAUGUUGACCUCUUCAUAUAAAAUCUAAAUUGAAGGCAAAUAUAGGUCCCUUGAGUUGUUAUAGCUGUCCAUAAGCUUUAAAGAAUUGCUUUAACAAUGUUUUUCACUUGUUCGUCCGAGUGUUAGUUGCUGUGUUGUGAGAUUAUGCCGCGACAUGAGACCCACAGUACAGAUUUUAGCCUUGAAGUUGAACUUCUUAACUGCCAAACCUGUGUUCCAUUUAGUUCAGUGUCUAUGGCAUGUUGUGUUACUCUACAAGGUGGCAGUAGACUACAGUAUUUAAACAUUGUUAUUAAGGCUGUGGUUGUUUGGCCCCAUUACUCUUUAAACUUGCCCGGGGAUCGCUUUUCAGUGUUAUCACUGAAUAUCGAAUUUGUCCCUGGAUCGUAUUUAAGCCAACACAUUGCUUUGUCAUAUGAUAACAUUCUUUUAUUUUUUUUUACAGUGAUGCUUUCUCAAAGAUAAUUGAUGUCAAACUGAAUACAACCUAUAUUUUUGUAUACAAUCAAACCUAACCUGUAACUGUAGAAUUGAAUGUCACAUUUUCACUGUGUUGAAGUGUUGUGUACUCUAUUCAUUUUGUCAGCAGGUUUUAAUUUAACUUAUGACAUCUCUUAACACAAGUUGAUGAAACAGUAUAAAACUGUUUAAUAACUGAGGUAAGACACAAGAGUUUUUGAAAUUUUGUAAUGCAGCACUUCGUAUAUUCUAUGAACAAUGCUAAUAUAUUUAGUCAUUGUUAUUGCUAAACUAUCCACUUAUGCAGUUAAAAUGGUUAUUUCUACAUGAACUAUAAGGUCAUACUUGACUUUUGCAGUGUAAAUGAUGCAUUCAUUUGCUGAGUACUGCACCUUAAUUUAAAUAUAAACGUGUGCCUAAAUUAUAUAAAUGUUAAUAUUUUGAGCAGCUGUUACUGAUAUCUUUUUUUAAAUGAUGUUAAUAAUAUCUUCAUGGGUUGUGCAUUUGUUAUAACUUUGUUUUAUCAUCUUGAUUUUUGAAUAAUAUCUACAAUGCUAAUAAAGAGAUGUAUAGGAUAUUUGA